AUGGGUGCCGCGACUGGCGCCGAUGCUGAGAUCCGCCUGCCGUCUGCCGCCUCCUCCGCAUCGUCCUCCCUCGGACUCCCCUCGCCCCCAUCCAUCCGCCCGCCCACUAUCUCCCCUCCCCCCCCCGCCUCGCCACCCCCUUCCCUUCCGCCCCCUUCCCCUCCAGCCACAUCCCCGCCGCCCUCCCCACCUCCCCCGGCCCCCUCCCCUCCACCUCCCCUUCCGCCCGCGCCUGUGGUGGUGGCAGCGGGCUUGGCGAGUGGCGGGCAGGCGCAGGGGGUUGGGGAGGUGGGCAGGGAGGGGGCGGUGAGGGCGCGGCGGACAGCGAGGGGGGGUCGUAGUGUUGGGGCGGAGAGCGAGGAGGGCGAGGAGGCGGAAGAGGCGGAGGAGGAGGGUGUGAAGGGGAGAGCAGUGGCGCGAGGGCAUGGCGCAUGGGCGGCGCGGAAGAAGAAGGGCCGUGGCAAGGGCGGGAAGAAGGCGCGGGGCGCAUGGGAGAGGUCGGGGGACGAGGAGGACGAGUACGAGGAGGAGGAGGAGGAGGAGGAGGAGGAGGAGGAGGCGGACGAGGAGGAGCGCGAGGAGGAGGACACGGGCAGGCGAGCAGGGGGCGCGACGAGGAGAGGCAGCAGGAAGGCAGUGGCAGGGCGGCGAGCAGG